AUGGGCGCAAAGGACAUUGUUGCCCGGUGGCAAACCACGACCUUUUCACAGCUACUCUGCGGUGGCGACGACGACGACGACCAUUGCCCAAACCUCGGCAAUGACGGAUCAUGCGGGCUAGAGGUGAUCGAGGCGAGCGGAUGGCGAUGGGACAACUUCUCUGAGGCCUACCGCGACACGCCUGUGGUGCUCAUGCUCGACGAGGAGGUCAUGGCCCAUUUUGCGGCGGUGACGGAGCGGGAGGCUCUGCUGGCGUCGAUGGGGAACGCCAUGGUCACGCUCUCGUCGUCGAACACCCACUCGUACACCAAAGUCCGCGGCAUGCUUGCCGACUACGUCACCGAGGAAAUGCCCAAGGCCGGGAGCACGAGCGAUGCCGAGGACUCGUUCUAUCUCUUUGGCGACCACACGGCCGAGUGGUACGGCUUCAUCGACGAGCACUACACCAUGCCUGCCGUGGCGGCGUCGGCGCCCAUCGUCUCGCCCUCGUUCGGCAUUGGUGGUGAUGGCUCGGGCGUAGCGUUCCACACACACGGUCCGGCGUUUGCGCAUGUGGUCCACGGCCGCAAGCGCUGGUUCCUCUCGCCGCCGGACAUCCAGCCGGACUUUGAUCCCUCAGUGACUACCUCGGCCUGGCUGGCGUCAGAGCGGUACACCGCAUCGACCCGCGCUGCCGGGAGCGCCUGGAUCGACUGCACGCUCGGGCCGCGCGAGAUGCUGUUCAUACCCUCGGGCUGGUGGCAUGCCACGCUCAAUCUCGGCGAUACGGUCUUUAUCUCGCUCUUUGUGUAG